AUGAAGAUGCAUAUGGCUUCUCCGGAGGCAUGCUUCCAAGCACCGACAGCAGAUGAAUGUCAUAAUCAGAUUCAGCUCCAUCUACCGACUGGGAGCCUUUAUUGGAAUAUCUCGUUUCGCGGGGCAUUGGAGGCUUUAUCAAGGAAGAGUUUACCACCGACAAUGUGUCAAGCGCUCGCAGAUUUGGGACAUCUGAAUCUUUUUGCCUUGGCAUCAGCUAUUCAUUCACAGAUAUUCCAGUAUCGCAGCUCGGUGAGCACCUGGCAUAACCUUACCCCGGUUCUCAAUACAUUGAGAAAUUGGCGAAGUGCUUGGCAACUUUUUUCUUCCGCGGCUUUUUUCGGCGUCUCUCCACAUAUCACAGUCAAUGACCAACACCUUGAUCCUGAAACAAUGUGGAAGAGAACUGGUUUCACUCGUUUCUGUCAUGAGUAUUGGCUUUUGGCCAAUCUCAUGGCAGACCGCCUCGUUGCAUUAGGGCGCUUGCAGGACACCGAGUUGACGGUUCUUGGAGAGGGUCCGUUAGAUCCUAUUCUGAACCAAUAUGACCAGACUAGUAUGCGACAGGUGAAUGACCUUAUCAUGGGCUUCCAAACGUUUCAAAUAUGA